AUUUUUUUAUUUUUUUUAUUUUUUUUAUUUUUUUUCUUUUAUUCCAUCACUCUCCUUUUCUUUCUUUCCUUUCUUCACAUCCUAGUUCUACAAUCCGAUUCUCCUUCUCUCGUAUUCAUUCCUACUCUCUCUCUCUCUCACUUGCUGAGUUGCAUCGUCAGCCAUGGCCCCAAAGACCCCACAGGCCAACUCUAAGCUGCCAAAACCGCCCUCGGCAGGUGGACAUGCAUCAUUAACCGGCAUCCCUGCCCCUGGCAGUGUCUUACAGCGCCGCUCCUUCAUGCCUAGCCCUAAUGGAGCUUCAGUGUCCAAGACUCUCAAGGACAUGUCUCCAGAGCAGCAGGCCCUUCUUGCAGAAGCUAUCACGUUUCAUAGUCCUGGAUUGAUUGAUCCUGUCCGCAAAACUACUCCAACUACUUCGCCAGCAGUUGCGCCUGCCAAUACCACCAGAACAUCAAUUGGAUCAAGUCUAUCAGGAUCAGGAGCCCAUCCAGGAGGAGCAGAUUACUCAACUACGUCUCACAUCACAGGAUUUGGCUUUACUACUCAUCACAGCCAACGACCCAACAGUCCCGCAAGUAGUUCUGAUAGAGCGUCUCCCACAGCCCAACCUUCAUCCACGACGCAAAGGUUGCCUUCAUCACAGAUCAGUCGGCUUGGCAGCUCUACGCGCCUUAGCAUGCAGUCAGAAGCAAAUAAUAGCAACAUCCAUCAUGGUUCGCAGAGUACUUCCAACACAAGUCGUCCUGUCUCCUAUUCUGGAAUGCCCCCGUUGUCCAUUUCGCAUCCUAAUCUUUCCACCAUAUCAUCUACGCCUUCUCCCACCACUCCUGUCGGAAUAACACGCCCGGGCUCAGGAUCACCCGCAGGGUCACGUUCAACAUUGCAGGCCUCACGUCUUUCUGCUGGGCCGGGGAUUACUCCACCAGCCUUUAGUCAGGCUGCAGCAGGUACGCGAACCUCCAUGAUGAAAUCUCUACCCCAUCGACCACCAGGAGCCUCUACUGCAGCGUCUACUGGAGUGACGCCGGGAAACAAUCCAGUCGCAACCAUCCCAGAAUCAUCUGCAAUCGUGCCUCCAUCGCUCGAUGACUAUGAGAUUGGUGACCGUGUUAUUGUAGAAAGCAUGGGACUCUCAGGAUACUUGCGCUUCUUGGGUCCAACCAGUUUCAAGUCGGGUACUUGGGCAGGAAUUGAGCUCGAUACACCCACAGGCAAAAACGAUGGAAGUGUCGAAGGGUGAGUUAAAUGUUUGCUGUUUCCUUAUUCACCAACAACUUGAAAGACUUACAUGCCGCAAUCAAUGCUGAAAGGUGAGAUUGUGUGUCUAUACGCUUCGUUCAUCAUCAUCUUACAGACUAUGAUAUACUUUUUUUCUUUCUCUUUUCUUUUAUAUUCUGA